AAUUUAGGCUUAGGCACACACAUUACCCCAUGCAUAAAAACAUACACAUUUAAAAUUGUUACAUACGAGAAGUAAAAGUUAGAACUUUAAUCUGGAUGUCAGUAAAUAAAAAUAUAGCCGGUUUUCUCUUGCCCCUUGAUGGUCAUGGCUUUAAAAACAACAUUCAAAUUCAAGAAAUAAAUAUAUAGAAUUAGUAAUUAUAAAUUAAACUAGGGUAGGCCUAGAAGAUAAAGUUAAACAUGUGGCAAGAUAAAGAAGUGUCUGAUGAUGAGAAAGAAACAUAUGAAUUGAAUCCGUAUGAUAGUUUUAUGAGAAAACAUCUUCAGCACUAUGGAUAUUUUACAGGAAGAAAUCAGAAUCAUAGAAAUGCAUUUCGAUCUUAUGCUGAUUGGGAGAAAACCCAUAUUUAUAUUGAUAGUGAAUCUGAGUCAGAUUCCGAUGAUGCCAAUAAGUCUGCCCAAGACAACAGAACACAAGAAGAACUGUUGCGUACAACUCAACUUAUUUAUAACUUUGAGUCCGGUAAAAUGGUUCCGAAGUUACGCGAGCCUAGAAAUUUAUAUGCAUUGGCUAAAGAACCAGGACCUCAACAAGCUGCCAGAUGGCCAUCUGAAUUGCAAGUAGAAAAUGAAAGAAUAAAUCAUAUUCGAUAUAUACCUACAGAACCAGAACCAGUGUAUAAAUUUACGGGUUUCGAGAAAACUCCAAUGGUGAGAGGAGAAGAAAAUGGAGGUAAAGUGGUGUUUGAUUACGAUAUAAAAUCUAGUUUUUUUGUGCGAUCAAGAGUUGGUGGGUCUAGAAAUGGUUGUGAGAAUUAUAGUUAUCAGCCUACUUCACCAGAUGAUACAACUCUUGUCUUUGAAUCAAGAUUUGAAAGUGGAAAUUUAGCAAAAGCUGUUAAAGUCGGUGAAAAUGAUUAUGAACUACAUCUAAGAUAUGAUUUAUUUACAUCUAAACAUACUCAAUGGUUUUAUUUUCGUGUUAGAAAUACAAGACCUAAUAUCAACUAUAGAUUUACUAUUGUUAAUCUUAUGAAGCCUGAUAGUUUGUAUAAUUAUGGUAUGAAACCUCUGAUGUACAGUGAAAAAACAGCACAACAGAAGAAAAUAGGCUGGGUUCGUGCUGGAAAUAAUAUCAAAUAUUACAGAAAUAAUCUCAAAUAUGAAGUACCUAAAGGAGAUAAGCCAUUUUAUUCAUUAACAUGGAUGUCACAGUUUUCACAUACUCAUGAUGAUGUUUAUUUUGCUCAUUGUUAUCCUUAUACCUAUACUGAUUUACAAGAUUAUUUAUUAGAAUUGAGCAACGAUCCAAUUAAAUCCCGAAUCUGUAAACAGAGAGUAUUAUGUAGAACAUUAGCUGGUAACCUAGUCUAUUUACUUACAAUUACCUCCCCUUCACAAAAUCCAGAUGACUUAAAGCACAAGAAAGCUGUAGUAAUAACAUCUCGUGUUCACCCUGGUGAAAGUAAUUCAAGUUGGAUGAUGAAAGGUUUUAUUGAUUACCUCACUGGAAAUUCAGCUGAUGCAAAGCUACUUCGUGAUACAUUCAUCUUUAAAAUAGUUCCCAUGUUAAACCCUGAUGGUGUGAUAGUUGGUAAUUAUAGAUGUUCACUAGCAGGACGAGAUUUAAACAGAAAUUAUAAAACAAUGCUUAAAGAUUCCUAUCCAUCAGUUUGGCACACCAGAAGUAUGAUUAGAAAAUUAUUACAGGAAAGAGAAAUUGUUGUAUAUUGUGAUUUGCAUGGUCAUAGUCGUAAACAAAAUGUUUUUAUUUAUGGCUGUGAAAAUAAACAUCAAUCUGAGAGACGACUUCGAGAGAGAAUUUUCCCCUGCAUGUUAGGAAAAAAUGCACCAACAAAGUUUAGUUUUGAUUCGUGUAAGUUUAAAGUACAGAAGAGUAAAGAAGGUACAGGACGUAUAGUUGUAUGGAAUAUGGGAGUAUUAAAUAGUUUUACAUUAGAGGCAACAUUUUGUGGAUCGUCUUUAGGUAAAACUAAAGGACAUCAUUUCUCGGUGGCUGAUUUUGAGUCGCUAGGUUACCAUUUUUGUGAUACAUUAUUAGAUUAUUGUGAUCCAGAUAAUACAAAAUGUGCUAAUAUCUAUGCUGAUUUGGAGGAUAAAAUAAAGAAGGAGAUAUUGAGUAGAAUGGAGAAGGAAGGUGUAUCAUCACCACAAGAUAUAGAUCUCAGUGAUUUCUCCUCCGAGUUGGAAUCAAGUGAUGGUGGAUCUGAUAGUUCUGUGUCUGAUGGACCUCCAGUACAUUUACAGUAUUCUAAUCAACGAUUACAAGAAGAAUUACAAACCCAAAAGAAGAAGAAGAAAUUAAAGUCUCGCAAAGAAAGAGAUCGACAGAAUCAAAGAAUAGUAAAAGAAGAAAUAAAGAAGGUUCCGCAGACAACACAAUCAGUUCCUGCUAUUUCUGAAACACCAACAACUAUUCCUGUAAAGAAACCAUUCAGUGGACAUCAGUUAUCACAUGUUAAACAGGAACAGGCAAUACCUAUCCAGACGCUGAAAUAUACAAUGACACAUAAACAACCUCAAUCAACAGAAGAAAAAACCAGCGUUCUAGAAAAAGAAGAUAAAGCCAAAAGGAAUGAUUAUUUAGAAGCUUUGACUGUAGCUUAUUUAAAGAAUGGAAUUCCUUUACUCAAUGAUCCAGUCUUUGUUAGAUUAGAUCCAGAGAAAGUUCCGCACUUCCGAUACUCAGGUUCUGAUGGAUCCGUUCCAAAUCUCCCAUUUAGUUUGGAUGGCUUAUGUCCACAUCACGAACAAACUUUUGCUGCUCAUUACGUUGCACAUCAGCUUCACACAUAUGGAGGAAAUUCCUACUUUAAAAUCUGGAAAUUGUCAGCGAGACCAGAUCCCACCCAGCAUCAGAAUUCAGAAGAUGUGAGAUCGCGUAAAGAAUUUCCGCGUCAUUUAUUCGAUAUAUCAUCAUCUCAACAACGUCAAGAUUCACAUCAACGUAAUACAGCAUUGAAUGAUAAAGGUAAAACUUUAAAACAGCAUCCAAAUCCAUUUGAUGAAAACCAAGAAAGGUCAGCAGAUUAUAAAAGAGGAAAGCAGUUAUAUCCACGAUCACAAGUUACAUCGAGUACAAAUGUUGAUACUCAUCAUGUUGAUGGUGGUGGUGAAAAUCAACAGACCAAUACUCAUAAUGAUCAACUUUUAGUUACAGCUGAAGAUGAUGAUAAUCAGUCUAACUCAAGAGAUAAGAAUGGUAGAAAAAGCAGAAUGGGUAUGCAUUCUGAUGAUAAUGAAGAAGACGAUGGCAUAAGGACAUCCCAACCUCUUACAGUUGCAAAAUCUGGCCGAAGUAUAAAAUCAACUCCCAUCACAACUACUGCGAUCGGCAGACACACACCUAGUAAAAUACCAACUGUUCAUUCUAGUGAAGAAAUAAAUGAAGCUGUUAAAAGUAUCCAUGAUUUAAAAAGUUCCAAAUCAUCGUUACCUAAACCUACUGUUGUUAGUAAUAACAUUCAAAGACAUACUUUAUCUAAUGGGUCUAGCUAUAUACAAAAGAUGAUAAAAGAAACUAAUGAUGAAAUAGAAGUAUUAAAAAGAGAAAUAAAAGAUGAUAUAACAGAGAAAAAAAUUUCUAAAGAAAGAAGAGAAAUAUCAGUGCUACAAGAAAAAAUGCUGAAAACACGUCCAUUAAUGAUGGAUAGACAACCCAGCGAAAAUAAAAUGGCAACAUCAAUUAAAUAUUUAAAAAAUAACCGAUCUAAAGAGAGAGUAGGGGAUAUGGAAACAGAGCAGGAAUCUUUAAGUAUUUUAAAACUACAGCGUGAACCAAGUGCUUCUAGUAAUAGUAGUCAAGACAAAAAGACAUACAACAAACCAUCUAAUUCACAUCAAGAGUCAAGAGAGCAUUUAUCAUCACGGAAUAAAUCGGCUAAAAGCAGUCGUCAACUGUUUGAAGCAACACCAACAAGAAUCUCGCUAAUGAUUUGUAGUGAUCACCAAGAUGUCAAAAGCCAGUUUUUACCAUUACAUAAUAACAAUCGACCACCUCUGGCACGUCAACCAAAUAAAAAACGAUUCUAACUGCUGCCUCUUUUUAACCAUUCAUUAACAAUGACAUCCAUUUUACUAUAUUGACGUAGACAAAACUGUAAUAGUUAUAUCAGUAAUGUUUUAAUUUGUAAUCAGGCUGCAUUUAUUUACUUCUGAUAUCUUGAAACAGAUGCUUAUUGAUAGAUCAUUUGAACUGUACAAUUUGGAGGUAUAUUAAACAGGCAUUAUGCAAGAACUAAAUUUGCCUAUUGCAGGUCUUUCUUUGUGCCUUAAAUGUUAUCAAAAUUAUUAAUUAGACAUUAAUUAACUUACCAAGAUCAUAAUCAACUGUCAAUGCCAUCGGAUAGUCUAGAAUUUCAAUAGAUUUAGAAUUUUCUGCUUAUGCGAUAAGCAAUUUGAUUGGUCAAGACAUUAGAAGGUAACAACUCUGCUUUUAAUUGAGUUCAAUCGUGAACAUUUUCUCCUUAAACUAAGAAUAUAUCAUCAGUUUUAUUGCUCGAUACUUUUCAAAAAAAUAUGUGUGCAAUUAAUUAAUAUGUGUCAUCUAUUUAUUUUGGGAUGGCUGCCCUGGGACAUUUGCCUAAUUGUUAGCUUGUUAACUAUUAUAGUGAGAACUGUCAGCUCUUUAUCUAAUCUUACAUAUAAUAAUGCCCCUUUAAUACAUCUUUUAAUCCAAAUGUUUGUCAAAUCUUUUGAUUAGAAGUAGGUCUACAUUUAUAUGAAGAAUUUCGAGUACCAAACUUUCUUACCUCAGACAAUAUAUAUAUUGAGUUUAAAAAGGUUAUUUGUCCAAGUUCAAUAGAUUGACAGAUAUUAUUAUAUGCAAACACAAACACAUAUAUUUGCAUAAUAUUGAUUAAUAGAGUGCAGUUUAUUUGUCUAUAAUGCUAAUAAUUGAUUUUAUAUUUCAAUAAUUUUAAUAAUUGAUUUAUUAUAAUCAGUCUAAAAUAACUAAAACAAGAAAUAAAUGCUAGACAUUAAAGUGUCAAAUGCUGUGUUAAUAUCAAUAUACAUUUUGCUUAUGUAAGAUGUUUAAAGUUGCUUUAUGUAAGAUUUAGAUAAAGAUCUGGCCGUUGCUACUAUAAUAGUUUAAAAGUACAUAAUAAAAAAAAUGAAAAUUUCACUAAAAUUACUUUUUUCUAAGAGAAAUUAUGAUUGAAAAGUAUUGAUUAUCCAUAUUUACAUUAAAUCAUUAAAUGGCGAGUGUUUUAAUCCAUUUAAUAUUACAGCCAUCCAAUGGUCUAGAGGGUUGAUUAUUUAUUGUCUUGCCACAUGAAUAAAUUUAUAUAACAUUUUAAGCCAUAAGAAAGAUCUGCAAUAAUAGGCAGAUUUAGCUCUUGCAUGGUUAACGUGUGCACGUGAAAUAACCAGGUCAGUCAUCGAGUCAAGUGGCAUGGUUUUGAUUCCCUGCUUGUAUGUGACAAGAAGUAGAGUUGCCUUCCUAACGUAAUGGCUUUUCACUGGAUCUGCCAGUUUCCUCCCACUUUUAAAGACCCCUACACACAAGCAAAUUAUUGAAAUAAAAAUUGAACCAUGUUAUUCCCAAAAUUACCUAGUUUGUGUCGAGUGGAGGUUAAACCCCAUUUCUCUGUCCCUCCCUUUAAGUACAAGUAGCAUUAAUUUCUUGUUUUAAUAGUAAUCAUUGUGAUAGAUCAUACACAACCAUGUUUAUUGAUAUAUUAUACAUCUAUUAUUAUUGUUCAUUAUUGUUUUAUUAAUAUCAAAAUGUUAUAGAAAAUGUAAAUGUUGAUAAUUGUUACGAACUGUGAUAAAGAUAGUUAAAUGUC